UCGCUUUCGCAGCGUUCGCCUCGUUAAAUUUAUAGCUAAAACGGACGCAGCGUCGCCGUUGUCGUCGUCAUCGUUGUCGUCGUGUGUUCGUCGUCGACGUCGUUGUUGUUGCUAUUAUUAUUGCGUUUAGUCGAACGAUCUAGCGCAAAUCGUGUCAAAUAAACCAGUGCAUUGCAUUAAGUUGCUUGAGCUUAAUUUAAUACUCGCACACAGAGACAGACUCUCACACAGCAAACUGCAAGUUAAUAUAAGAAGCAGAAGAAGAAGAGAGGCCAUUGUGACAAAGUUCCAAGUGCAGCGGCGUUAACGUUGACGUCGGCGUCGCAGCGUCGCCUGCAUGUGUGUGCCUUAAUUUUGUGUUUCCUGUGGAGAACAAGAACAGACAACAACAAUAAAAUAUAAAGCAACAAGUGGCAGGCAACAAAAACAACAACACGAGCUUUCUUUAAAAGCCGGCUGCGCAGUGAAAAUAAGAGCGCUGUGAGAGUGUGAGAGAGAACAACACACUGUUCAGUUUCUUUUGGAUUUUCAACAAGCUUGUCAUAAUGGCUGCGUUUAAGCAACUGAGUGAAUUCCACGUGGCGGCGGUUCUAUUGGAAAGCCGCCUAGAUGCGUUUUUGCUUUGAUAGGCUGUGUUUCGCGACCAAGCGACCAGCCAACAACAACAACAGCAGCAGCAAUAGCAAUAGUCACAGUCACUAUCUGAGCACCUCAAAUGAGCUGAGCAGCAACACAUUCGCAGCAGUAGUAGCAGCAGAGACAGGAACCACAGCAACCACAGAUGCACCCACAGCCAGCAGCAGCAGCACAGCAUCAACAACACCCGUUACAGUCUAUGCCGAAUAUCAAAAGCUGCAGCCAGCGAUAAUCAGACGAGAUCGCGACGACACUGACGCCAAACCGCCAGACAUAGCACAUAACGAAAAGAGAGAGCUAGACUCGCAAUUGGAAUCGGAAUCGGAAUCAAAAGAGAAGGAGAACGAGAGGGAGAGAGUAAAGCAGCACCCCCAACCUCAAGCAGAAGCAAUAGAAUUACAAACAUAUUCCCAGCCAUUGCCCCACGUUCCUCUUCCCCCCGUUGCUGUUGCUUUAUUGUGUCGGUAUCGGCGUCACAGCAGCGCCGAAGAUCGACUGCGCACGAGUCCGAAUCCGAGUCGGAAUCGGAUUCCGAAUUUGUUUUCGUCUCCGUUGAUUCUGCGAAAAGCGAUCAGCAUGCAGCAGGAGCCGAACGCUAACUAUCAGUUUCAGCCCGACCUGGGUCUGGUGAACAUCGUCAACAACAACAAUAACAUUAAUAAUAAUAAUAACAAUAACAACAACUUUGGCCCACACCUCAACAGCGUGAGCAACAGCAACAACAACAACAGCGGCGGCGGUGGCGUCGUCACGUUGCCAGCAGCCAAUAGCAUCGGAGUGCUUGGACUGGAGCAUACAGCGGAUGGUCUGCGAUUGAUACCACAAACAGCGCCACCUUGUCACUCGGAUGUGUUGACGCACACGCUGAUCUACGGGACACCGCCAUCGGGUACACUGCAGCAGCUGCACACGGAUCCGCGCAGUUUGCUGCACCAGCAGGAGUUGCAGUUGCAGCAACGCUACCAGCAACUGCAACAGCUGCAGGCACAGACCCAGGGCGUCUACACGGCCCCUGGCAGCCCCGUGCAGGUGUUGUAUCAGCCAGUGCAGGCAACGAUUAGUCAACCGGUUGCCAUACCUGGCACCUGUCACUCACCCACCACACACCAGCCACAGCAACUGCAGCAGCAGCAACAGUUACAGCAAAAGUUGCAACUUCAACUGCAGCAGCAAUACCAUCAGCUGCAGGAGUACCAGCAACAACAACAGCAGCAGCAGCAACAGUUGCCACCACAGCCACCGAACUCUUUGGCGCUGGCACAACAAAUGCAGGGAUUACGCAUUUCGGGCAGCAGCUCGGCCACGCCCUCGCCGGUGGGCAUGGUCGAUGCCACGCUGAUGAUGAGCAACAAUACUUAUGUGGCUGCCACGCCGCAGGAGGAGCGCUUCAUACAGAUCAUACAGGCCAAGGAACUCAAAAUACAGGAGAUGCAGCGUGCCCUGCAAUUUAAGGAUAACGAAAUUGCCGAACUACGUUCCCAUCUCGACAAGUUCCAGAGCGUCUUCCCCUUCAGUCGCAGUGCUGGCGCCACAUCCGCCUCGACAAUCAGCAGCAAUGCCGGACCAAACAGUGCAACGGGUGCCACACGCAAGUCGGGACAAACGUUUCAGCGGCAACGUGCUCAGGGCAUCUCAGCGGAACCGCAAAGUGAAUCCUCGGUGCUGCUUGAGAAUGUCAGCUUCCCCAAAUACGAAAAGGAUGAGCGCUCCCGUGAACUUAUCAAAACGGCCAUUUUGGAUAAUGAUUUCAUGAAGAACUUGGACUUGGCGCAAAUACGCGAAAUAGUCGAUUGCAUGUAUCCAGUCAAAUAUCCAGCCAAGAAUCUGAUCAUCAAGGAGGGAGAUGCCGGUAGCAUUGUUUAUGUUAUGGAAGAUGGACGCGUCGAGGUCUCGCGCGAGGGCAAAUAUCUAUCGACGUUGUCGGGGGCGAAGGUGCUCGGUGAAUUGGCGAUACUCUACAAUUGCCAGCGCACGGCGACAAUCACAGCGAUCACAGAAUGCAAUCUGUGGGCAAUUGAGCGUCAAUGCUUCCAGACAAUCAUGAUGCGAACUGGACUCAUACGCCAGGCCGAGUACACGGACUUCCUCAAGAGUGUGCCCAUAUUCAAGGACUUGCCGGAGGAUACGCUUAUCAAAAUCUCCGAUGUGCUGGAGGAGACGCACUAUCAGCGCGGCGACUACAUUGUGCGCCAGGGAGCACGAGGCGACACCUUCUUCAUCAUCUCGAAGGGUAAAGUGCGUGUGACGAUCAAGCAACAAGACACACAGGAAGAGAAGUUCAUUCGCAUGCUCGGCAAAGGCGACUUCUUCGGCGAGAAGGCGUUGCAAGGUGAUGAUCUGCGUACUGCAAACAUCAUUUGUGAGUCGCCGGAUGGCGUCAGUUGUUUGGUCAUCGAUCGCGAGACUUUCAAUCAACUGAUCUCGAGUUUGGAUGAGAUCAAGCAUCGCUACGACGAUGAAGGUGCCAUGGAGCGCAGAAAAAUCAAUGAGGAGUUCCGGGACAUUAAUUUGACGGAUCUGCGCGUGAUUGCCACACUCGGUGUGGGCGGCUUUGGACGUGUCGAGCUGGUGCAGACCAAUGGGGAUAGCUCUCGUUCGUUUGCGCUCAAGCAGAUGAAGAAAUCACAGAUUGUGGAGACACGUCAGCAGCAGCACAUCAUGUCCGAGAAGGAAAUCAUGGGCGAGGCCAAUUGCCAGUUCAUUGUGAAGCUCUUCAAGACGUUCAAGGACAAGAAGUAUCUGUACAUGCUGAUGGAGAGCUGCCUGGGCGGUGAGCUCUGGACCAUACUGCGGGACAAGGGCAACUUUGAUGAUGCCACCACGCGGUUCUACACGGCGUGCGUGGUCGAGGCCUUUGACUAUCUGCAUUCGCGCAACAUUAUCUACAGGGACUUGAAGCCAGAGAAUCUGCUGCUGGACGAGAAGGGCUAUGUGAAGCUGGUGGACUUUGGUUUUGCCAAGAAGCUGCAGUCGGGCCGCAAGACGUGGACAUUCUGCGGCACGCCCGAAUAUGUGGCACCCGAGGUGAUAUUGAAUCGUGGCCAUGACAUAAGUGCCGACUAUUGGUCUCUGGGUGUGCUCAUGUUUGAGUUGCUCACAGGCACUCCUCCAUUUACGGGCUCGGAUCCCAUGCGUACCUAUAACAUAAUACUUAAGGGCAUCGAUGCCAUCGAAUUUCCCCGUAACAUAACACGUAAUGCCAGCAAUCUGAUCAAGAAACUCUGUCGCGACAAUCCCGCCGAGCGUUUGGGCUAUCAACGUGGCGGUAUUAGCGAGAUACAGAAGCACAAGUGGUUCGAUGGCUUCUAUUGGUGGGCGCUGCAGAAUCGCACGUUGGAGCCACCAAUAAAGCCGACGGUGAAGAGCGUUGUGGAUACGACAAACUUUGAUGAUUAUCCACCAGAUCCAGAGGGACCUCCACCAGAUGAUGUCAGCGGCUGGGAUAAAGAUUUUUAGUGUUUAAGACUUAUGGCAAACUUAUGGAUAUGACACUGCUCUCUAGCAUCGCACCUGGAAUGAAUGGCAUAGAUGGAUUCCGGAAAUUAGGACGCCAUUCUGUACGCCAAAGCAAUAGUCAAGAAAGGAGGGGCAGGUGAAAGAAUCGCAUUGCCCAGAACAGCUCAACAGCUCAGCAUGCAGCUCAUUGUCUCAGAUCUGAUCAUCAUGAUGAAAACAUGUGCAACACUAAGAAUUUAUUAACGAGUUUAUGUUUAUGUUUUAUACAACUGUAACUAUAACAGAAGAGAAACAAAAACCUAUAACUAUAACUAUUAUAAUUAUUAUUUUAUUAUUAUUACAUGUAAUGAAUGAUGAGAAAUUCUGUCUAGUUGAUUGGAAAUUGAUAUAAAUUGUAAGUAGGUUCGUUCUUUCGGCAAUGAGGCAAAGCCGUCGGUCGCAGCUCUGUUCUGUUCCACUAUGUAAAUUGUUUUCCAAACUAUGUAAAAUUACAAUUAAUAAUCAUUAAUAAUUGUUAAUGUACCAAGUGCAAAACACACACACACAUAAACACGCACACAAUCACACACACAUCAACACACGCACAUACAUACAUACACAAAUCGGGUUGCCUUAUAGUCUGUAAGCUGAUUUUUAUGCAAUUUAUGACCAGACCCUCAUGCUCAUAACAUUUCUUUUCCCUUACCCCCAAUUGUUUUUUGAAACUGUCAUGAUGUUAAUGUGGAUCUACUGCAGUUAUCCCCCAUAUGUCAUUAGCAUUAGCCAUCGUUUUCUAUAUCUAUGUAUAUCUAUAUGUAAAUGAAUAUAAAUCGCCUUUUUAAUUGUCUAAUUUAAGUAAAAUGAGCUAGAAACUAAAUAAAUAACAAAUUUAUGCGCUUUGAAUAAAA